UUGCGCCCGGCCCGGCCAGAUGCACACAGCUCGGCCAAGGCGCCGCGCGCCGCGCGCUCUCGGCGGGGCGGGUGCAAGGGCGGGGACGGGGCCUUUGCGCCCGGGCCGCCCGCUCCGCCUAUAAAGUGAGCCCGCGGGGCCGGGGCUCCACCACGCCUCCAGCCGGCAGCCGUGUGUCUCCCUGUCGCCUGCUUUGGACCUCCGUCCUCAACUCGACCCGCUCGAAAUGGACCCCAACUGCUCCUGCUCCACCGGUGGCUCCUGCACGUGUGCCGGCUCCUGCAAAUGCAAGGAGUGCAAAUGCACCUCCUGCAAGAAGAGCUGCUGCUCCUGCUGUCCCGCGGGCUGUGCCAAGUGUGCCCAGGGCUGCAUCUGCAAAGGCGCAUCGGACAAGUGCAGUUGCUGUGCCUGAUGUGGGGGAGCCUGUGCCCGAAGUAAAUACAGCCAUGUGUACACACCUGCGGUUUUAAAACAUUUUUCAUACUACCCUGACCCAUUUGCUACAUUUCCUGUUUCUAUGAAGUACCUGAGUUAAAAUAAAAAUUGUUGAGUUUA